GCUCCGACUGCAUGAAGAAAAGGUCAUUAAAGAUCGGCGGCACCACCUCAAGACAUACCCAAACUGCUUUGUUGCCAAAGAGCUGAUCGACUGGCUGAUUGACCAUAAAGAGGCUUCCGACCGAGAGACGGCAAUUAAACUGGUGCAGAAAUUAUUGGAUCACAGCAUUAUCCACCAUGUCUGUGAUGAGCAUAAGGAAUUCAAGGAUGUUAAACUGUUCUACCGCUUCAGAAAAGAUGAUGGGACAUUUCCACUGGACAAUGAGGUGAAGGUCUUCAUGAGAGGACAAAGACUGUAUGAAAAGCUGAUGAGUUCUGAAAAUACUCUUCUGCAAGCCAGGGAAGAGGAAGGAGUCAAGUACGAACGGACCUUCGUGGCAUCGGAGUUCAUUGACUGGCUGAUCCAGGAAGGAGAGGCCACGACACGGACUGAAGCAGAGCAGCUUGGCCGCAGACUUUUGGAGCACGGGAUUAUACAGCAUGUGUCCAACAAGCACCAUUUUAUGGACAGCAACUUGCUCUACCAGUGCAGAAUGAAUUUCCGCCGGCGGCGGCGAUUAAUGGAGCUCCUCACUGAGAAAUCUCGCUUGAUGCCAGAAAGCCAUGACAGCCCGUUUUGCCUGCGCAAGCAGAACCAUGACAACAGAAAACACACCAGUUUUCUCUCAGUGAGUCCCACCAAGGAGAUAAAGAUCGUGUCGGCAGUACGGAGGAGCAGCAUGAGUAGCUGUGGCAGCAGCGGGUACUUCAGCAGUAGCCCAACGCUCAGCAGCAGUCCCCCCGUGCUCUGCAACCCCAAAUCUGUAUUAAAGAGACCUGUGACUGCUGAUGAGCUCUUGAUGCCUGGAGCCCCAUACGUAAGAAAAACUUUUACGAUCGUCGGCGACGCAGUGGGCUGGGGCUUUGUGGUGCGGGGGAGCAAGCCCUGCCACAUCCAGGCUGUGGACCCCAGCGGGCCAGCAGCCGCGGCUGGGAUGAAG